ACUCAGGCCCCGCAUAAAAAAGCAGCGAAAAAAUAAAAAUAAAAAAACAGAGAAAAAAAUCAGGAAAAAGUAAACCGCGAGGUACAGCGGGAGGAGACGGAGCGGAGCGGGAUCGGCGGCGGGGGCUCUCCACCGACCAAACAAAAUGAGCAGUACUAGAACCUACUCAGCCCCGUCCACGGAGGUCGGGACUGGGUGAGACGACAGUGCCGUUUCUUCUGGAAGACGAGAUCAGAAUAAUAAGAAGGAUCUGAGAAAGGAGAAAGUGAAUAGGCCCCUCCCUCCCUGCACACACGCCCUCUUAAACCCCACCCCCAGGCGGAAUCCGAGCAGGGCCUGGAAGGCAGGGCAGCCACGGCAGAGUUUCAAUGGCAGCGGCACCCUAGGGCUGCCAUGGCAGCGGCUGCCACCGAUGCCCACCGUCACAUUACCGCACUGACACCGGAGGACGAGGAUCGACGAGCCACCGUCAAAUUGUUCGGAGGUCCUGCUCAAGUGAGGACGGAGAGAGAGAGAGAGCACGAGAUAGAGAGGGAGAGGGAGAAGGAGGAGAGAGCAAGCAGGAACGAGUGUUUGGUGUGUGGCGCCCUCUUCAGCUCACAGGAGAAGCUCCGACUCCACACCUUCUGUCACGCGGGAGAGAAGCCUUUCCACUGUUCCCAGCCUCACUGCCACAAGGCCUUCAGCUCCAAAUAUAAGCUCUACAGGCAUAUGGCCACACACUCACCGCAGAAGACCCAUCAGUGCUCGUUCUGUGAAAAGAUGUUUCACCGUAAAGAUCAUCUGAAGAACCAUCUACAGACCCACGACCCCAACAAAGAGGCCUUUAAGUGUGAGGAGUGUGGCAAGCACUAUAACACAAAGCUAGGGUACAAGCGCCACAUAGCCAUGCACUCUGCCACAGCGGGCGAUCUGACAUGCAAGGUGUGCCUACAGAACUACGAGAGCACCCCUGCCCUCUUGGAACACCUCAAGAGCCACUCGGGCAAAUCUUCGGGUGGUGCCAAGGAGAAGAAACACCCUUGCGACCACUGUGACCGACGCUUCUACACCCGCAAGGACGUUCGCCGGCAUAUGGUGGUUCACACGGGCCGCAAAGAUUUCUUGUGCCAGUACUGCGCCCAGCGCUUUGGUAGAAAGGACCACCUCACGCGACACGUCAAGAAGAGCCACUCGCAGGAGUUGCUGAAGAUCAAGACGGAACCAUCGGAUAUGCUGGGCUUGCUGGGAUCUGGUUCUCCACCUUGUGCCGUGAAGGAAGAGCUCAGUCCUAUGAUGUGUAGCAUGGGCCCAAACAAGGACUCCAUGGUGGCCAAGCCUUUCCGCGGUGGCACCCCUUUUCCCAUGGGCAUGUACAACCCUCACCACCUGCCGGCCAUGUCCAACCCAGGAAUGGGCCACCAUCACUCCCUGGUUCCUGGAUCACUGUCUGCUGCUAUGGGCAUGGGUUGUCCUAUGGAGCCUCCUUCAACCCUACACCACCACCAUUCGCAUCACCACCACCACCACCACCAUCCACACCAUCACCACCCAUCCCCACCUCCACACCAGCAACAGCCCACCUUACAGCCCCAGCCCCCGCAGCAACAGCACCCCCAGCCGCCGCCCAAGUACCAGCUUGGAUCUACCUCAUAUUUGCUGGAGAAGCCCCUGAAGGUGGAGAUGGAGAGCUUCCUGAUGGAUCUGCAGAGUGGCUUGCCAGUUCCGCCGCCGCCCUCAGCCGACCCCCAUUCAGCUGCCUCGCCGAACAAGGAUGGUCUGGAGCCUCCGCCCGGCCUGACAGACGAGCUGUGCGGGGACCCCCUCCUGUCUAAGAGCCCCGCCGUCAUCGCUGAAUCCCUGUGUGCUGCUAACAUGGACUUCUCUCAUCUGCUGGGCUUCUUUCCGCUCAACCUGCCUCCCUACAGCGCCCCCAUGAGUUCGGGAGGGCUGGUGAUGGGCUACUCCACCACCUCCACCGCCUCCUCUUCUUCCUCGUCAUCGUCGGUGUCUUCGCACGCCGCCGAGCCGCACGCUGCCACAGCGACAGCCGCAGUGCCUCUUACCUCUUUGCAACCUCAACCUCAGGAGCAGCCAGGCUCCGGCGGGGGUCUCGGACCCCUGCACCCACUUCCGCCAGUGUUUAGCUCCAGCCUCAGCACGACCACCCUGCCUCGCUUCCACCAGGCCUUUCAAUGAGGCUCCCACCCCACCCUGGCCUGCCGCAGGCCCGGUCACCUUAGGCGGCUCAGGGCAGAGGAGCUUUAGGGGCUCCCCCUAGGGGUGGGGCGAUAAUAAAAACACUUGAACACAUAGAAGCCUUAAUUGAAGCGCACAAAAGCUUUCGAAUGAGCCUGGAGGAAAUCAUUUAUUUCUGCAAAGGAAGAAAAGCAUAGGAAUUGAGAAAACCACGGAGCUUUUAUUUAGGCUUUCUGUCUGUAUUUUAGGUAAACCUCGCCCUCAUACCUUUUCUCACCAUUUUCUAGUUAGGAGGCAGCAUCAGCAGGCCUUAAGGCGUGGUACUGCAUACUUUAUAAAGUAAUAAUAUGAGUAGGAAAAAGGCAAAAAUUAAUGUAGAAAAAGUAAUUUGUCUUUUAAGACUAGAAAGAAUAGUUUGAAGUGAGUUUUUUUUUUUUUUUUUUUUUUGCUCUUCCAAAUGUGAGACCUAACUUGCUAUAAUGUCUCUAUUCUAUUAAGCGUAAAAAGUCAGGUAACAUUCGUUUGCCCUUAAACUAAAACCGUCUUUGCUGCCAGGAGUGGGAAAAAAAUUAGUGAAGGAAUGAAGUUGUGAUACUGAAUCAUUUUCAUGGCCAAAUAGUAUAAAUAAAUAGGUGAAUAAUUAAAUGAAAACAGUCUCGAUUCUAGGUGCAUCAAAGGCACAAUUAUUGUUUUCAGUGGUUAACUCAACUGCAAGGAUUAAAACCCGGCAUCUCCGGUUUUAACUUGUUUUUUCUUUUACACAAUUUGGAAGAUUUUGUCUUCCUCCUGUAAAGUUUUUCUGGAAAAACAAGGCUUUGCUCCAACAACGGAUGCUGAGCAGGUUGCCCCUGUAGAUGUUUUUUAGGAAACAUUUAAGAAACUUUAAGAAAAGCCUAGUUUCAGCUCCUAAGUUGAAAGGUAUUAAAUAAAAUCGCACAUUGAUUUGUGCUGGAGCAAGAUGUAGGCAAGGUGUAAGGCAAAGAAAGAAGGAAAAAGAAAGAAAGAAAGAAAGAAAGAAAGAAAGAAAGAAAGAAAGAAAGUAAGUAAGGAGGCAAAUAAACUGCACAGUUUGAUCCUGCUUUAAUACACUGUGACCAUUAUCAAAACUAAGAGUGGACGAUAAUAUAAAAAAAACCUCACAGGUUUACAACACGACUCGAAAGAAGCACUUUGUUUACAGCUGAAGGCACUUGACCUCUUCAGGUAACCAUGGUGACCUGCUGACCCAACCCCACCGCCCCAAGUCUGUUUACCCUUCCUUCCAGCCAAGCUUCUUAAACAGAGACGGCCAUACAUGAACCCAAAAAAUAAAACCGAACAUCAGGAAAAAAUCGGAAAUGAUCCUUAGUACUUAGAAUCGAAAAAGCCCUUCGGGAUGGUUUCCUUCCUUCCGGCACUAAUUUUAUCUCCGUGGCGACACUUUCUUACCUCCAGUUCCUGCCCACCUCAUUCUAAUAUAUUUUAUUAGACACAAAUAUUUUAGGCAGGACUUUUUUUUUUUGUUGUUGUUUUUUGUUUUGUUUUCUUGAACGUUGAGAGAUACAUGGUAAUAAGCACCCUGACAUAUGUGAAUAGAAAAAAAACAAGAAAUGACAAGAAAGAAAGAAAAAAAAAAAAAAAAGAGUAUUUUUUGCAGUGUACGAAAUACCACAUCAGAAAUAUAUAUGAUAAUUGCUUUUAUUUUAGUAAAGUGUAAUUUAGAUAGAUAUAUUAAAAUUUGCUGAUGGAUUUUUUUUCUUAUGUCUGGCAGGUUUACAUAAUCGUGUAACCUUGGUUAAAAAAAAAAAAAAUGGAUGAAGUAAUUGCUUUUCCCUAUAGCUUUUUCCCCUGUCCUAUUCGUUUUAUACAUUUCCCUUUACGCGAGUCAAAGACGAUGGUGUUUUGACCCCCGUAUGAUUCGUAGAAUUACGUAGAACGAACUUACCCUAUCUUUAAUCUUUAGCGUGUUGUGUAGAGAGGCCCAUAAUGUGACCCAAGAUUGAUCUGAAUUCUUCGCUUUCAGUAUUGGAAACAGACCUGACUGACGUCUUUGGUGUUGCCUCAUGGUAUUACUUUUUUAAAAAGGCUCUCUUCCACAUUUAAAAAUUGUAAUUUUUUUUUCCCAGUUUGUUUCCCGAGAGAGCGCAUCAGCUUAAACCACCAAGUUCACGAAAAAUGCAGAACCCAGUCACCGCACUACGAGACGUGGUGUCAAUAUGUCCAUAAAGCAGAUGCCAGAAAUGAUGCUGCAAAUGAAAGUCUGCACAAAUCCACACCAAAUAACUGCCCACUACACGAAGAACUAUGGUAGGAAUUCUACAGGGAGAUUCACUCGAAAGAGGCCCUGAAUAUUCCGCUGUAACUCCCGUUAGGAUGAAGCCGUCUGAACCGAGAACAUACGCUGCAUACCUUGACGUGUGUGUAACUGAUUGCAUUACAUGCGGUGCUGGAAAUGAUCCACCGUUUUCUAGCCAGACAGAUGAAGGUAUACGAGGGUCUGCACCCGGAGGUUAAACGUUGUGACGGCUGUCCCGCGCCCACCUCAUCGCUCCGACGCAGGGGCAUCCCGGCUCGUUCAAAGCUCCAUAUACCGAGGAGCUCAUUGAACGUCGUUCGGUUCUGAUCGCUUCGUCCCACCGAGAGUUAUUAACCGAUAUUCGAGGCCUCUUUCGAGUGAAUCUCUCAUUUCCCGUGCAAACAAAUCCAUUUAUCCACACCUUUCAGGGUCAUUGCCGUGGCAUCUUUGCCCGAUUUUCCAUCCCCAUCCAACGUUCAUAAAGGUGAAGUGCGAAGUAGUGAAGAGAUGUUACCUUAACGAGGCCAAAUAGAAAUAAAAGAAGGAGAAAAAAAAACCCUGAAAAACAUUGAGACCACCCACAAAACUUAGAAAUCAAGAAAAAAAAAACUAAAACUAAAAAAAAAACUAAAAAAAAAAAAGUUACUAUGCUGCUUUAGUGCUAUGGUUGGCGACAGUCAUAGACCACUCUAUAGAAAUACUUCUGCAAAGAUGUUUAAACUGAAAACAUGCACAGUAGUUACACCGAACCGUUUGUCCAUUUCUGUCUAGUUCUCCUCACACGGCUGCUUCUUCCAUUCAAAUGAACAUUUCUCUGUUUCUUUUCUUUUUUUUAAUGAAAGAGUCUGAUAAGAGACACAAUAUCCAGAACAAAUAAGUCACCAGCCUGGUCUUUGACAUUCAAAGCAUGGGACGUUUGAUUGGGAUAUUGCCUGGUCGUAUGUUGUCAUAUAUAUUAUUUUCUGUUUGUUGAAACAGGACCUCAAAACAACACAACGCAUCACCUCAUUUAUUUUUAGUUUUUUAUGUGUUUUUUUUUUUCUUUUCUUUUCAUACCAAAAACCUGGGGAGAAGAAACUUUCUUGGCACGAUUGCGACCUAAAGACUUCUUUACAUACUGUAAGAAACAAACUGAUUAGGCUUGGACUGAAGACGAGAAGCCAAAUACGUCGUUUUAAAGCAGUUUCUCUUCAUAUUUGCAUCGGGUGGUACUGAAGGGUUCGAUUACCAACAUUUGGAGUCCAGUAAGAGUUUAUUUUUAGCGUUUAUUCCCCAAUUUUAUUUGUCUGAGGGGAAAAAAAAGAUUUAAUAGGCACUUUGAAGCUGAAAUGUUUUCUCCUAAAACAGAACAAAGCCACAGUAAGUGACAAAUCUGACUGAUCAUCCUUCAUGGGAAUAAACUGCGUGAGCAUUUUAUCUCUGUUUUAGCUAAAAGUCAAAUCGCCGAGCAAAGCUACGUUUUUUUCCUAGUGGGAAAAACACAAGAAUCAUUUAUUUCUCUUACGAAGCUGUUAAAACAUAAAAGCUGUUGGCAACUUCCGAGUUUUUCCUCCCCGGGUUUUCUGAGCUGAUCUGAAUUCUAGCACUUUUAAACCUUUGAAAAGAGUAUUUUUUUUUUCUUUUAAACUUCAGCCUUGUAUGUUUGUAUGUUGUUUUUAUUUUUUUUUUUAUUUGUAUUUGAUCGUGUACAUGUACGUGCCAUUAGUUUGAUGUGUAGAAUUAAUCUUAUGUAUUGUUUUUUGUUUUUUCCCUCCUCUUCCAAAAGAGUAACAGUAUUUUUUUUAAAUAGGUUUUUCACUAAUAUUUUCCGCUUCGCCCUCUGCCCCAGCUCUUUCGCUUCCACUUUUCAGGACUUUCAGAAAUAGAAGAGCAGAAAAUAGAGUAAAAAUAUGCUCGAGCAUAGCUUAUCUUCGAAACCUUUGUUUAAAAAAGGCGGUCCAACAUAAUCUGAAGGAAGAAAAAAAGAAAAAAGAAAACUGGCUGGAAACUGCAAACAAAAGAAGAAAAGAGUGGGAGAAAAAGAAAGAAAGAAAGAAAGAAAGAAAGAAAGAAAGAAAAACUCCAGCUCUGGCACCGACUGAAGUGUUUUCAAUCAACAGCAUAUUACAGAGCUUGACAGGUUCGACUGGUUUACUGGAAAGAGCCCCCCACCACCACCACCACCACCUCCCACCUCCCCCCCUUCGAAAUAACUUUUGGUUUAAAUUAUGUUUUAUAUAAUAACUGCCUGCAUGGGUGGAGCUGGGCGUCUGGCGUGUUUGCAGAGCCGGCGAUGGGUAGUUGAGUUUUUCCGGCAGGCAGGCUAAGCUGGAUGCACCGGAGCCGCACAGCGCUCGUAUCUCAUUUCACGUCCAGGACCCCAUUGUGCUGUGGACUGAGGGGAGACUUCAAAAGGUGAAGGCUUUUUCAGCCUGACAUCAGUCUUGCUCCAGUGCCCUUAUAAAGGAGAGCCUCCCUCCUAUUGAGAACUUUCAGACGACAUCAAAGUGGACUCCUUAAAAAACUGGAGGACCUCCUCUUCAAGUCACCUGCGACGCUCCAAAGUCUGUUGGAAGACGGAGGAGAGCAAAAGAACAGGCAGUAGGGAAAUUUAUUUGAUCUCCAAUCCGACAGCCCCUCCACACCUGCCGUCGAACCGCAUCCAGCUCAGCGUCCCUUUAUAUUAUAAUUGAGCACAAAAUCUCCGUUGUACCUACUAGGGAAGCACUUAUCUUUUAUUUCUCCCAAUAGGAGUAGGUGCCUAACUAAGCUUUUAAGGGAAAUUAUUAAAAGAUAACUGAUUUUAAGAUUUAAAAACAAAAAAACAACAAAAAAAAACAAUCUGAAAAAGUUCAAAUGAAAUUCUUUCCUCGCUUUAUAGAGAAAACAGGUGCCGACAUCUGCUCGUAGCUUUGUUUAUUUUUAGCUUAACGUAAGUCUUGCAUUCCAAGCUCUUUAUGUAUUCUUGUUUAGCAACAUAGUCCUUUUAUUUUUAGUACUUGCUUAUUACUGCCAUCUCUGGCAAAAAAGGUGAAAACAAAACAAAAAUGGAAUAUUUUCAUUCAGCCUUACACUAUUUUAUAUAGCAUGGAAGUUUAUCAUCUACAGGGAGAAUUGUAUAAAAAAAUGGGACACCAGUCCACUUUUUAUUACAUGACUCGCCUACAAUCAGUUGCUGCAAUGUAAAGUGACAGAUAUGUAUAUUGGUUGAUCCAAAGAGAUGACAUUACAACAAACCUAUUUACUUAUUGUACAGUACAAUGUACCUUUUGACUUGUAAUGUAUGAUGUUAAAAUCAUUAAAAGACAAACCCACGGUUUUA